CAAGCUUCACCAGCAGCCCGAGCAGGAGUGAGGAGAAGGGAAGUUUUGUGCUCUUCACGUCGCAGGCAAAACCUCUUUGUAUAAACUCUGCUAACAGAAUCUGGCUUGGAAAACUUGAAAUGUGAGGACUUUGUUUAGAGAAGUGAAAUCCAUCAGGUUAUUAACAUCCUGCAGCAAGUAAUCACUUCAGCCUAAAGGUUUGUGGAAGAAAUAAACCCUACAUGAAAACUGAAUGUAAUUAAGUCUUCCAUUCAGGACCCUGAUGAGUGAUACACAGGGAGAAGCAGAAGAUGGUGAAUUUCACAGAGAAUGUGACUGAGAAGUGCAAUAUUAACCAUGAUAUCCAGGAGACAUUAUCCCCUGUGGUGUACAUAUUUGUGUUUAUAUUAGGCUUGCCAGCUAACUGCUUGUCACUGUACUAUGGGUAUUUACAGAUCAAGGCUAAAAACGAAUUAGGGAUCUACCUUUGCAAUUUGACUAUAGCAGACCUGCUGUACAUAUUUUCUUUGCCUUUUUGGCUUCAGUAUGCUUUACAGCAUGACAACUGGACCUACGAUGAGCUGCUGUGCAAAGUUUGUGGCAUCAUCCUGUAUGAGAACAUCUACAUCAGCGUGGGCUUCCUGUGCUGCAUCUCCAUCGACCGCUACCUGGCCGUGGUGCACCCCUUCCGCUUCCAGCACUUUCGGACCAUGAGGGCUGCUGCUACUGUGAGCAUCAUCAUCUGGGCCAAAGAAAUCAUCACAUGCUGCUUUGUCUUCACACACGGGGAGAUCAGUAUGGAUGCUGAGAGCCACUUGGUGUGCUUUGAGCAUUACCCCAUCAAGAAAUGGGAGCACAAUGUCAAUUACUACCGCUUCUCUGCUGGCUUCCUUUUCCCCUUCUUUCUGCUGUCCUUCUCCUACUGUGGGAUUUUACGAGUUGUCCACAAGAGUCCUGGCACUCAAAAGAAGAAGAAAAUCCAAAUUAAAAGACUGGUAUCAAGUACUGUUUUCAUAUUUUUAGUCUGCUUUGGACCAUACCACAUCCUACUUGUAGUUCGUAGCUUAUUGGAGAACAACUGCUCAUUUGCUGAGAAAAUAUUUAAUGUUUACCAUAUUUCUCUCCUGUUAACUACUUUUAACUGUGUUGCUGACCCAGUAUUGUACUGUUUUUCCAGUGAAAGCACUUACCAGAACUUUGUCAAGAUGAGAGACUCUUGUCUAACAUGUUUAGGCCAUCUGAGUACUGAGACAAAGGAAUCCUAUCCACUAAACACUACUGAAACUCCCAACAGAAAACAGCAUGAACAACAGCCAGGGUUAUUACAAAUACCACUUGAUGGUGCUGGAAUGAAGGACUGCUUCACAACUAAUGCAGACAGCCUAUAGUAUUAAUCAAAAGGACCUUAAUCCUACCCCUGCAGCUCUGGCUGUGUUUGUGGAUCUGUGUGAAUUAUACAUGUAUUACAACAGUGUGACCUCCAAAAGGCUUAUGAGCAAUGCUGUACAGUGAAGAUUUCUAGAGGUGCAUGGACCCUGGCAAUAGUGAGGAAAGUAUGUGCUAAGUCUGUUCAGUUAUGCUACCACUGUUAUGCUACCAUUUAAAACCUGUUUGUCUUGAUGACUGCACUGACUGGAAUAAGCCAGUACUCACAGUGUGUAGUUCUGGUGAAUUCAUCUUUAGCUGCUUUCUGUUUGCCCCUGUAGCAUCUAGAGAAAGUAAUUCUCUACAAGCUGUCAUCAUCUGUUGAAAAGGUUAGAGACAAAAAAAAUUAAUGUCCCCAUAUAUACUUUUAAAAAGUAAAAGCCCAACAAAACCCUUCUGCAGCAUCUCUGUAACUCACUGAAAAAACUUCUCCUUCUGCCGGUUUCAAAGCCUGCAGAGACCAUGUCAGAACCAGGCUCCUAAAACAAUCAGUCUGAUAGUGUGUGACAUUCUGGGAGUACAUGCACAAGGAACUCAGCAGCUGCUGAGAGCUUCAGGCUCUUGUUUCACUGUUGAGCCUCAGACUGUUAAACCUCAUUGUAAGGCUCCUAGAGACUUCUGGAAGUAGGAGACUGGGCUCCAGUGGGUGGCAAUAACUUGGUUUGUUGACUCAGAAGAGAACAAGAAGUUGGUACUACGUGGGGCAUGUACUACAUUUGACCCCAUGUGCUUCUCUGAGUCACUGUGUUCAAGAAUAUUUAUUUACAUCUAAAUUCUGCUACACCUUGCUAAGGUUUUGAUUGUGUCCUUUGCAGCUUGUGUAUCUUGUGCAGCACAGACCAUGCAGACAAUCAAAUAACAAUGCAUUUGUCAGGGAAACUGUUGAAUGAAUUCUGUUCAUAGUUUAGGGCUGGAUCAUUGUUCAGUAAAUAUAGUAUCAGAAAUAUGAUGUAUGAAUGAUCUGUGUCCUGGAUUAGACAGAAACAAAAUAUAGGAGUAAGUGGAGAAGAAUGGCUUUUAAAGACCUGGGAGCUGUGCUGCACAGUAUUGUUUCUACCACCACCUCCUCUCUGUGUUUCUCAGGGGUUUUUUUGUUACACUAGUGAUUCCUGUGUGAUUCUUCUUUGAUCUGCUCAUCACACCUCCUUUUGUCUGCAGCUGUUGCACCAUGAAUAUUGCCUUGUCCUUUCGAUUCUCUGGUUUCAAACCUUCCUUGAAACACCUCUCUCUCUGCAACCCAGAGCUGAUAACUUCCAGCAGUAUAAUCAGUUUUGUUUGGUUUGCUUUUGAGUCAGAAGAUUGUCUAGACAGAUGGUCUACUGCUAUCUGAAUAUGUCAUUGUAACACAGCCUUGCUAGUGAUCAGAUUCCAGAAGGAAUGUGUACUAACACUUUUCUGGAAACCACCUUGAGAGUGCAAUAUUGGGUAUAAUUAGUGAAUGUGUUUAAUAAAGAAUGUUUUUAUAAUUUUCUUUUUAUAUUUUUUCACACCAUGUUUGAAAUAACUAUCUUUAGCUUUGGUGCACAGUUUCUAUCUGUGAGACUACAGAUCCUCUCCUCCCUCUUGCAGAAAGGAUUCAUGUCCCCAGUCCCAAGAGGGGAUUAGGUUUGUUUAGGUUAACAUUUGGUUUGUUUAAUUAUUUUACAUUUCUUUAUACUUUGACCAUUCAACUGGAUUAAUUACCUUACAUUUGCAUUUUUUUCUCCUGACUAUUAAAACUGUUUAGCUUUAUUUUCUCCUAAUCUUUCAUCUCCUCUGCUGUGUAUUCCAAGGGGGCUGUAAGGCAGGGGCUCUCUCCCUGGAGAGCUGACCUUGUACAUUGUUAAGCACCAACUCCUUGGACCCCCACGGCUGUCAGGCUGCAAGACACACGUGGUUUGUUCUAGGAUUAAAUAUUUGUUGUUUUGUUUAUGUGUUGCUCCUUUACAGUUCCCCAUGCUGUUUAAAUCAGACAGCUGGAAUGCAGAGCAUGCUGUACUACAUGGAAUUGUCAUCUGAGGGAUUAAGGCUCAUUCGAGAUGGAACUUUGAUGUGGUCAGCUUUGGUCAGCUGCUGCAGUUUAAAAUCAGAUGGAAACUUGUGUAACACAGGGCAGCAUUCUGCUCCAGUUCUCAACACUUAACCUGCUAACCCAGAGCAGAAAAGAGGGAUUUUUUUCUUCUUUUCCCCUUUUUUUCUUGAAGCCAAUACUUAAUCAAUUUUUUCUGUAUUGUAACUGUUUGGCUUAGGCUGCAGAACCGUAACCAACAGAACAGGGAGGUAACUCCCACUCAGAGCUUUUCCUUCCCUCUCAGUCAAAAGACAUUCACUCAAGGGUCCUGCUAAGGUUGCUAGAGACAUGCUACACAUGCUAUUGAAGUAAAUGCCAUGCUUGGGACUGCACACAAGAAAGCAUUUUAAAAGCACACACUCGAGAAAAAGAGAAAAAAAUUAUUAAAUUUUGUAUUUCUUAAUGAAAACUGACUGUUAAGACUUGUAUUUUGGGACAAAGAGCUUGCUGAAUGAAAUUUUUUUUGAGAAAAGUCAGUGCUUGAAAAUGUCCAUUGCAUCUGUUAGUGUAACAUGUCAGUAGCACAGAGAGAAUAAAAUCAGCUACUUCUUUUAAAAUUAUGCAAAUUUCAUUCUGUGAGUUCUGUGCAGCAGUGAACAUAUGCCAUCCUGCAGGGUUACUGGCUUUGGCAAAAAGUUCAAGCAUUCAUAUGAAAUAUUUUACUUAAUACUUACAGUUAGGAGGGUUUGGAGACUUCUAAAGGAGCUAUUUUCUAAUUGUGAAACUUCCAAGAUACUUUUCUAGAACAUCCUUUGAGAAAGUUUUAGAUAAAAUGAAUCUAAAAAAAGAAGAAGUUUAUUUUCUAGAACAAGAAAAUAAACAUUGGGGUCUUUGGUGAACCUGAAUGUCUAGCAGAAUUCUGGCAUUAAGAUUUCUUUCUGUCAUGUGUUCUACUAUUUUUUGUCUUUAAAGGCCCUGGGUCCUCAGGGACUUCAGGAGAUUAAUGUCCAAAAUAUGCUGGUGUUUGUGGUGUGAAAUUAUUGUUCUCAUUCUGAAAAAGUUAAGUUGUUGGUGUUGCAUCAAAGAAGGAAAACAAAACUCACCUGCCAGGAAGGAAAAGAUAUAAAGUGUUGCUCACUGCUGACAGUCCAACUAAAGGCAACUUCCAUUUUGUGAUAGGUAAAGCACCAGUGCUCUAGGGGUGGUGUCAAAUGUACCUUCCUCUCUCUGCUGGGAGGGCUGACAGCCAGCAGAACUGUAGUCCUGCCACUCACUUGGAGUUAAGGUAAAAUUGCAGC